AGGCUACUGCGCAUGCUUCCGCAGGCUUCCGUUUGCGGGCUCUCGGUUUACCUAAAUUUGUCCGCUUAAUCCAAGGCGGAGAAAUCUGACGCAGCGGUUCGGAUUGCCACUGCCGGGCCUUUGACCCAAGCUCUGAGCGUUCCAUCCCCGCCUCCGACAUUAUAAUCCAUCUCGGAACAUUUCAUCCAGUGGUCCGAACAUUCCAGCCCGGCUCAGCCAUGACAGCUCAUUCCUUCGCUGUCCCCAUGGUUAUCUUCACCACCUUUUGGGGCCUUAUCGGUAUUGCCGGGCCCUGGUUCGUGCCCAAGGGACCCAACCGCGGGGUCAUCAUUACCAUGUUGAUCACCACUGCCGUUUGCUGUUACAUGUUCUGGCUGGUUACCAUCCUGGCCCAGCUGAAUCCUCUGUUUGGGCCGAUGCUGAAUAACGAGACCAUCUGGUAUAUCAAUUUCGUGUGGGAGUGACCAGCCGUCAUCACCUGCCCCAGAGGCAUCCAAGUCCAGUGACAAGACAAAAGUCCAGAUGGCUGGUGAUGGUCUGGGAUGCAGUGGAUGACCAUGGCCUCUUUGAUGUCUGACCAAACUCUAUAUUCUCUACAGUGCCUGCUUCAGCCAUAUCAAACCAAAAUUGGAACAAUACAAAGAAGACUGGCAUGGCCUUACACAAAGAUGACACACAUUCAUGAAGCAUUCCAUAUAACCAAUCAUAGGAUUUUUUGACAGGUUAGAAAUAAGGGAAGCGUGCAAGGUUUGGGAAUGCAGGAGGUGUUAAAGGCCUGAGUUGUUCCUGUGGGAAACAUCUUUCUGAUGUCAGCCUUAUCAGAACAUACUAUGCUGGCAGAAAAUCUCUAAAAUAAUGGAAGCACCUUUGAAGAUAGAACCAACCAGGCUUUCGUUUCCAAAGUUACUUUUUCUGAGGAGUAGAUGUUUCCUCCAAACUUAUAAUACACAGUUUUUUUUCUGUUUCUUCCAGCAUUGUGAGCCACCCUGCUCUCUCUGAGCUGUGCAUACUCUUUGACACAGCAAUACCACUACUAGGUCUGUAUCCCAAAGAGAUUAGACAUAGGAGAAAAGGACCCACCUGCCCCAAAAUAUUUAUAGCAGUUCUUUUUGUGGCGGCAAAACUGGAAACUAAAGGGAAGCCAUCAAUUAGGGAAAGGCUGAACAAGUUGUGGUCUAUGAUUGUAAUGGAAUGCUAUUGUGACAAGAUCACAAAAAACCCUGGUACAAAUGAAGAGAGCGGAGUCAGAAUGUCGUACACCGUAACAAUAGUGUAGGAUUGUCAAUGUGGAUGACUUAACUAUUAUCAACAAGGCAGGACCCAGGAGAACUCCAAAGGACUCAUGACAAAAGAGGGUAUCCACCUCCAUAGAAGGAACAGACAAGAGUCCAAAUGCAGAUUGAAACAUACCAUUCUUCACUUUAUUUCCUCCAAGAAUUUUUCUCUCGAGUAAGCAAUAUGUGUCUUGUUUGGCAACAUGAAGAGAAUGGAAAUAUGUAUUGUAUGAUAAUUACAAUUUAUAUCAUAUUACCUGCCUUUUUGGGGAGGGAGAGCAAGAGAAUGUGCAUUGAAAAAUGUCAAAAAAUAUUAAAAAUUAUGUCGACAUAUAAUCUGGAAAAGAUAAAUGAAGUGAUGGAGUCAGUUCCCAAGAUCUUGGUUUUUUGGAUGUUAAGCUUCAAGUCAGCUUUAAAUUCCCCUCUUUCACCUACAUCAAGUGGCUUCUUAAUUCUUCAGUUGCUACCAUCUGGGUGGGAUGGUCUGCAUGGCUGAGAUUGUGAAUAUUUGUCUUGGCACCCUUCUUUCUGGCUUUUGAUUUGCCCAGACUGGCAUUUCACAGGGUGUACUCUGCAUCUAAAGUAAAUAAAACUAAGGUGCCAAUGUAACCAAACCCCCACCUGUAUGCAAUAAUUCUGCCCUUGGAAAUGUAGUCAAGAGACAUAUGAAUGGCUUGGGAUUAUGUCCCACUCAGAGAGAGAAAACUCUAUAAAUGGGCAGAGGGUGGGAUCCCAGUGAUGCCUUUGAGGGGGCUGCUCACUUUCUCCUGGGUGGUUUCCAGAGCUGUCCCAGGACAGCAAAGGGUCAUAAGGAAAACAAAGGACAAGGUCAGCUAGGUUGUCCAGGGUCAAUAGGAUUAGAUCAUUCAGGUGAGUCUUUAAGUGGAAAAAUAAAAUGUGAUUGGAAGUGGGAGCCAUUUGUACCCUUGUGAGGCAGGGCAGGCUUGGAUGGAGAACCGUCCUACUUAUGUUUCUUUCGAUUUUUUUUCCUCAAGGCUCAUCAUAAACGACAAAAAUAAGUUGCCCCCCCCCCAAAUAAUUUCCUGCUUUCGAUUUCAUCCCUCCAGAGUUCCAGGAAGCAGGUUUGAGGAGGGGAACUGCUGAUUUGGGAUGUGAGGGAAAGUUGUGGGGGGAGGGACCAGCAUGCUCCAAUGUCUCCUUUCUCUCUCCAUUUUUUUCCCUUUCUUUUUUCCUUCUCUUGACAGCUCCUGAUUAGCUUACUCUAGGGGAAAAGUCCAGCCUGCAACCCUUAUCUAGAGAAAAGACUGAUCAUUCAAAGGAAAAAGGGAAGGUUAUGGGAAAUAGUUGGCAGGGCUUAUCAGAAUGAGAAAACAUUUCCUGAUCAAGGAAUAUAAGGAGAUAAGGGGAAAUGACAAAAUACUUUAAAAUUAUAAAACUGUGAAAGUCCUUUUACACAAAACUGCAGUCUCUUAUCUGAGGAAAAUAAAUAUUUGUUGUACUGGUAGAGCGACCAUCCACUUGACCAGGCCCUUGGAGAAUUUGUUACAUAUGCUUUCCCUUCAAUACUAGUUGGGAACUAAUAUUAGAUCACCAUGUUGUUAAGGGUUGAGGAAACAAAGGGAUUGUGGGUCCUUUUUUUAACUCCCAGGAGCUCGACUUGUUUAUUGUCAUCAACUAUUAGGCAAGAGAAAUCAAUGACCUGAAAGUCACUGUUAUCUAAUCAGGUACAAUUGGACUUGGGCAGCCAUAUGAAAAUGAAAUUGCAGGACAAGAUAGUCAAAUCCAGUAAUAUUUAUUUAGAGCCUACUUUGUGCCAAGCACUGGGGAUGCAAAGGAAGGCAAAAGACAGUUCCUGCUUUCAAGGGACUCUCAGUCUAAUAUAGGAGACAACAUGUAGACAUCUUAGUGCAAACAAGACACACACUGGGUAAGGUAGAGAUAAUCACUGAGGCACCUGCCUUAAGGCGAUGAGGAAAGGCUUCUUACAAAAGGUGAGAUUUUAGCACCUUUGGAGGAACUUGGAGGAAACCAGGGAAGUCUGGAGGCUAAAAUGAGAAAGGAGAUGAUUCCAAGCAGGGCUGAUAGCCAGUGAAAAAGCUGGGACCAGAAGAAGGUCAGUGUCCCUGCACUCAUGAGUUCAUGGAGGGGAAGAUGGUGGAAGAAUGCUGGAAAGGUAGGAAGGGACCAUUCUAUGAAAGGCUGUAAAGGAUUUUAUAGUGGAUCCUGGAGGCAAGGAGUCCCUAAACUUUGUUGAAUGAGUCUGGGGGAGAGUAUGUGUGACAAAAUAAAACCACCAACACAGCAAGUUUGUAGUGGGGUCUGACCCCAAGGGUGGGAGGAUAAAACUCUGUUCAAUCCAGAAGAAAUUUUUACUAAAAAGAGAGGUUUAAGGAGGUGAAAUAGCCUAAUAGCUGGUGGAAUGGGGUCCAACCAGAUAGCCUUGAGGCUGAUGGGUUAGCCCUGGGACUAACAGAGUAGCCUAAGGUGUGAUGGAGUAGUAGUUCCAGGUGUGGAGCAGCCCAUCCAGGUAUGGAAUAGCAGUCCCAUAGCCCUGUGGACCAGGGUGCACACUUAUUAAUGUCUAGAGGCUUGUCACCUUCCAUUCCAGGGACAUCUUCAUCUUUUCUCAUUACAGCCCUGAAAACCCUGGAAAAUGGGCAGGGCCAAAUUCAGGCAAAGGUAUGGUUUUGGAGUUGACACUUUGAGGACAUCAGAAAGAGAAUAAGGAACACGUGCAGGUUUGGGUGGUUCCCCUGCACUACCAGAGUCCUUAGUGCACAUGUUCCUCCCAUUGUCCCGCUUGCCAUUAUUUGUCAAUGUGGGAGAGAUAUUACUACUCUUCUGGAAUGUUUCAUUUGGAGGUGAGAACAUGGGAGGGGGAUACAAUACCACAGAUGAUGACUGUAGGUAAUUAAUAAUGCCUAACAGUUCAGAACUAAAGUAAAUGCAUCGCAGUCUGAGUAAAUAAUAAUGCAGAGCAGCACAAAGCUGAUGGCCUUGGAUAGAACAUAUGAAUAGGUGGUUAACAAUACAGAAUGGUCCACUGAUUAUUAAUACAGUCUGCAAUUUAUGCUUGACUAAUGCUGAAACUACAGAUUUUGCAAUUUAUGUUAAACUAGUGCUAACUGGUGAGAAAUACAAAAUUCCAGAACAUGAGGUUCCUGUUUCUGUUAUUGUCCCUCACUGCCUACUUCCUGUCUCCACUGGGGGAAGUCUAGAAAAGGAAAAAAAAAGGCCAGGGGGAAAAGAGGAGGGUAAUUUUUUCCCAAUGGGGAGAAGAUAAGUAAUUAGGUCUCUUAAAUUUUUCUACUUUUUUUUUCUCAUUUUCACAUCUCCAAAUAUUUUAAAUGAUAGUUUGUGGAACAAACUGACUUAAAUACAAUAUAUUUUUAUAUUACCAAACUGAGACUCUAAAUCUGUAAAGGAUGCUUUAAAAAUAAGGAAUAGCUUAUAUUUGAGACUUUCCCAAAAUUCGAUAAAAAACCUCCAUAUUUUAUCUUUCAUCUCUCUGUAUCUUCUACUAAAUCUUAAAUUCUCUGACUUUAUAUUUUAUUUCAUUUUUUCCACACUAAUUUUUUGGUUGGGGUUUGGUUAAUGAUGAGGUAAUCCUAGAAGAUUCUCAGGAGGUGAUGAGAAAAAUGGGAGUCAGAAUAAAUGAUUUGGGAAGGCUUCUUGCCACUGGGCUCUACAUUCUUUAAGAAUUGUAUGUCUUGGGGGCAGCUGGGUAGCUCAGUGGAUUGAGAACCAGGCCCAGAGAUGGGAGGUCCUAGGUUCAAAUCUGGCCUCAGCCACGUCCUAGCUGUAUGACCCUGGGCAAGUCACUUAACCCCCAUUGCCAGCCCUUACCACUCUUCUGCCUUGGAACUAAUACCUGGUAUUGAUUAUAAGAUGGAAGGUAAGGGUUAAAAACAAAACAAAACAAAGCAAAACUGUAUGUCUUUAUGAAUUCAGUUCAUAGCAGAAACUAGAUAUAAAAGAAUCCUGGUUGUUAGGUCUUAAAUUAUUUUUUGAAAUACAAUUUCAUGAAUUCAGAUAUCAAAGGGACAAUUAGCUCUGCAACCUUUAAAAAGAUAUUUUGAUAAUUCUCAUAAUAUCUCCAGUACCUUUCAUUUUCUUCUGACUCUUUUUUAUCAGAAAAGUUGCUCUUUUGCUUUUCAUAUUCCUCCUUUUGCUUCUCAUAUUCUUCCUUUUCCUUCUCAUAUUUUUUCUUUUCCAUCUCAUAUUCUUCCUUUUCCUUCUCAUAUUCUUUAUUUAGCUUCUCAAACUUUUCAUUUUUAUUUUCCCAGUUUUUCAUUUUCUUUUCCCAGUUUUCCAUUUUCUUUUCCCAGUUUUCCAUUUUUUCCUCCCACAUUUGCUUUUUCUGCUUCAACUCUUCCAUUAGUUUCUCAUAUUUCUGCCUGAUUUCUUCAAUACUCCUCUCAAACUGCUCCUGAUCACAUUGUUGGAGUGCCUUCAUGUCUUUCUGGAGAAGCACUUCCACAGAUUCAUAUAUCUUAUUGGUGUAAUAGGUACUUCCAUUAUCUUGCACCAUACUCUCAAUCAUGGCCAUCAGCUUUGAAACCUGGGCAUCUCUCUGGGCUCCACUAGCAUUAUUGUCAAAUGCACAGCAUCGAUUUUCACACUUCUUCAACAAGUCCUUGAAGUAUGAGUCUUGAAUAGUUUCUAAGUAAUCCUCUAUACUGUCUUCUAGUUUAUCUUUUCCAGUGAAUAAAAUGAUCAAAAACUUCACAGCUUCAGGUCCUAGAAUCUUAAAAAGACUUUCAAUGGCUGUCUUCUCCUCAUGAGUGAAAGGACCCACAUGUAACACCAAUAAUAUAGCAUGUGGUCCUGGAGAGGAUAGUGCCAUGAAAUGAGCUAUUUCAUUCAAAUUUUCUUGCUCUGGAGCAUCAGUGUAAAAAAUGCCAGGAGUAUCAACAACAGAGAUGCUCCUUCCAUUCCUACUGGUCCAGGCUUUCCUACAGACCUUGGUGACUGACCCUGCUGAGCACUUGGACUUAAAUUCUCUCCUCCCCAAGAGGGUGUUUCCUGUGGCACUUUUCCCAGCCCCUGUUUUGCCCACAAGGACCAUUCUGAGUUCUGACUUCCUUGGGUCUCCUCUUUUGUUGUUGGUAUCUGUAGGAAACAAGCAAGAAAGGAGAAUGAAUGACCGGGUUUAUUAUAUGACUGUAAUAAAACCCUGUUCAAAAAUCCUAAUAUGACCUGGGAGUUGACCCUUGGGUUCUUGAAGUCUAUGCCAAUGGAAUCUAAGCUAAGACUUUCAAUAAGCUUUGAGUAUGGGCCAGCUCUCUUUUAUUCCAGUGAAGUUCAUAGAUCCUUCAUCUCCAGAAGGAAAGAAACCACCACUAGGUGAUAAUUUUGGAAGGCCAGUGGGGAGAAGAUGGGGUUUCUUAGACUUGUACUACUAUAAAUGCCACCCUUCCUCUGGGGAAUAAAAUGAAUGAAUAGUACUGGUUGUUGGAGAACUUAUAUAUUCAUGUCCAUAUUUUAAAAGUUAUAUUAUACCCAGUUAUAUUAAUAAUUGAGGCCUUUUCAUCCAUGUCAAGAUUUUUAUCUAAUAUUUUGAAUCAGAAUUUCAUAAUUGGAGAAAAGCUAUAAUCACCUCCAUCAGAUGACCUUUGAUUUUCCCUUGAGAAAAAACCCAACGCCAUCCUUCUAGUACUCUCUGGGAAGACUGACGGGCGAUUAAUUAGUUACUAUUCUGUUUGCCUAGGUAGUUUUCCUUUUUCCUUUUUCUUCUUUUUUUAAAAGAUAGGUUCUACUUUAUUUGUGCCUUGGUAUUUCCAAAGCUUAGCAUGGUAGUUUGCAUAUGGUGCAUAAUUAAUGUUUGUUGCCUUGAAUUCAACCUAACUAUAUCCUGACUAUCAUUACUAGUCAGUUUUAUAUAAGAGUAAUGUAAGAAGAAGGAACAUCUCAGGGUGAUGUUAGUUCCAGAGGAUCCAUGGACAAUCAAAUGAGGUUACAGUGAACUUUUGAACAUUAGGGUGGGUUUUGGCCUUGCUUCUCAGUGAUGCUGGUCAGGACAAUAUUCUAUAGUUAAUGUUUUUACUCUUCUUUCUUUUAAGACUGAAAAAUAAUAAUUUGUCUUCUUGUAGUAUUUCCUUUUUAAAAAAUCAUAGACAUUAAUUUUUAAAUGUAUUAUAACAUACAAUAAUAAUGUAAUAUAUAUUUGUUAUAAAUAUGUAAUAAAUGAUAAUAAAUCUAUCCAAGACAAAUUCUCACAUAAGCCAUGUCUCUUUUUUAUGCCUCCUUCAUACUCUUCUCAAUUUUCCCAGAAGGCAAGUAAUAUUAUAUAAGUUGAAUAUAUAUUAUCAUAUAAUACAUAUUUCCCUGUUCAUCAUUAUAUAUAUAUACUAUAUAUAUAUAUAUAGUAUAUAUAUAUAUCACAGAGAUAUAUUGCUUACAGUAGAGAAAAAUUCAUGGAGGAAAUAAAGUGAAGAAUGGUAUGUUUCAAUCUGUGUCUGGACUUCAUCUAUUCUGUUUCUUGAUUCCUUUUCCUUUCAUCCCUAAAGCCAACUUAAAGAAAACUUAUGACAGUGUCAACAAAACUCUAACUGAUACUUUUGUCUGGUCUCUGUAGUUCAAUAGCUCUUCUUAUUAAGUAUAUGUGAAUAUGAUUUUAGAUUCUUAUAAAUUUGCCCCUGCAAGCGCUAUCAUUCCUUAUGUAGGAAUGUAAAUGAUUCAGUAUUGAUUAUAAAAUGUAAAUAAGAACACACAUAUUUGUGCCUAUAUUAAUAUGUAAAUCUAUUUUCCUUUUGUUAGAAUCUUUGUGUAUUAUUCUCAGACCAGGAAUGCAGUAUGUAGAAGUAAAUUACAAUAAUAAUCUAGGGUUUGAUAGAUCCAAAGAUCUAAACUUUGGGGGCAAGAACUCAAUAUUUGACAAAACUACUGUGUAAUUGGAAUCAGAACUCCAGAACUACAAUUCCCAGCACUCUACUCUCCUCACAUUAUGUGCUGAUGUAGGGAGGAUAUAAAUUUGGUGUAGCCCAGCCUUUUGCUCUCUCUUCCUGUGAUUGGGUUUGGUGGAGGUGGCAUGAGGUGAGAGCCAGGAGACUAUUGCUCAUGUGCUUUACUUUCAUUAGAUAAUUAGGUUUUUAUACUUCUAUUUUCUUUUUAUUCCUUCUACUUCAAGUGAUUACUAAUAAACUUUAUAAAAUUAAUACUUGUAGUGUUGGACAUUAAUUUAAAUCCUAUUUUCAUGGCAAACAGAAGUCUGGAAUUUAGGACCCUUACUAAGUGAGUAGCUUGGUUUGAAAAAAAAAUGCAUUUCUCUCCUGUUAUGGCCUUAUUGAACCUCCUUCCCCCUACUACCUCCCCUCCCAUCCAGGGAACUCCAGCUGCUACUGUUACUGUUGCUGCCACUCCUGCUACUGCUGCUGCUGCAUCCUGCUGCAUCCUGCUUCUGUCUCCCUUGUUAACUGCCUGGGGGUCCUUGCUGAGCCUGCAGAUGACUCCCACUGCUGACUGCCCACCUGAGAAUCAUUUGGAAGUGGAAGGGUGAGAUCUAAGUCCCACUUUUGCAGCUGGAGAGCCAUUGUUCACUGUGGCCUGAUAAGUCAGGUGUGUGUGUCUUUUUCCAGCAGCAAUUAGCCUCUAACCCUCCUGACUCCUUUCACCUGAUGGUAGCAACCCUGAUCCUCCAACAACCUACCGUCUUGCAGCUCAGAAUCCCAGAGUGUUGGAGGAAGUUAAUAAUUUCAGCUAUUUUUUUUCUUGUUAUUAGAAGGUAUUAAUUAUUGAGCUGAAUUAAGAAAGUUUAGCCUUAUCUUACUCCUAGAAAUUUGAUAUUUUUUUAGGGCUUUCCUAAAUCCCCACAUGGGUCUUAAGUGUGGUAGUCACUUAAACCCUUUUUGAUAUCCCAGACCAGCUCAACUAAAUAGCUUUGAGGAGUUUUUACCUUCACUGUGCCUAAAAUAGAAAGAAAAAAUUGGUUUUUCCUCACUAACUUAGCCUCUGGCUAAAGCCUUUCAGCCACCCUCCAUUCAAAGGCUGAUUGAGGUAUGUCUCCAUCUACUAGCCUUAUGAGGUCUUUACUCCUAGCCAGUACAUACUAGGCUAGCACCACCUGCUAAAAGGAAGUAGAUUUGCAACCAAUUUAAUAAGUAGAAUUGCAAGCAUGGUCCAGUUUCCUGUUUAUAUCAAACAGCUCCCAUUCUGGGAGAGCAUUACAGAGCUCACAUAACUCAAAGUUUUAGGGUGUCUUUUAUUACUACUAUUCCUUGGUGGACUUUUCCUUGUGAUUAGCUCAAGUAAUCCUGAGAUUCAGGGGGGAGAAUCAUUUCCCUACGCUUCCUUGCCAUUUUGGCCUGCCCAGUCUCUGCAGUACACCUAAUAUGUGAUUCAUCCACACUAUUUCCAGUGUGGUUAUGGAGAACCCCAAAGGUGUGACCCAAGGAAUCUAGAUGGAUGAUGAUACUUGGGAGGGAAAGGAACCUUAAAGAGUUUGGAGGUGAAUUUUUAUCUUUUCAGACUCCAAUGCUAAUUGUUUUAGUUUGUUCCCCUUCAAAUAGUGAAGAAGUCUCUGUAAUGCACCUAUUGGAAUUAGGGAAAAGGACUCUUGAAUUCACUGCCUAUAUCCUGUCACAUAUAUUGUAUUUGCUGUUUGUUUUAAGACUUAAUUUUGUUUUUUAAGUUCAUAUAUUCAUUUAAUCUAAUAUAUUCUGUAACACUAUGUCACUUUCUGUUACUGUAUUUUGGCCAUUAGCUAUAUGUACUGUUACAUUACAUUUAUUUGUAUCUUCCUCUAUUACUGGACUAGAGAGAAUACUAUUAUAAAAAAUCCACAAACAACUUGUGCAAACCCUUUUCCAUGGCAAAACCAUAGGUCCUUAUGGAUGCUGGGUUUGUCACUAGAUCCAUUGAGGUCACAUGUUACCUAAAUGGCCUUUUGUUCCUUUUUGCCUUUGUUAAUUGUCACAUAGAUGAUGAUGGAUGGACUCCAUCAAACUGGUCACAAUGUUUAUAUAACCUUUGGAGAAUCUAAUGACCUAAAAAUUUAAGUGAAUUCUUUUUAAAUGAUUUUUCAGGAUAUCUAGGAGCACCACUACUUCUGACUGAUCAUUUGCCUAUCUUUGAGUUGUUUGUAACUAAAGGUAAAGGGUCCAUUUAGUAGUUGAAGUGAAUAGCACUAUUAUGAUCCCCAUCUCCACAUUUAUAAAAAUGUAAUGAAUGAGGCAUAGAAAGACAUGCCUUUUACAGCUGUUACAGUCUCAUCUGGGAUGGGGUAAGGUUUUCCUAGGUGGCAGGGUACCUCUAGAGGGCUUAUUAGAGGGAGCAUUUGCCAUGAAGCCUAGUGACUUCUGAAUUUUUUUUUUUAAUAUUUGAAAGUCUUCAGCUUACUCUACCUUUCCACCAGAAUGAUCUAGAUUCUUGGUGACAUUUUAGACCCAAAAGGUUUAGACCCCAAAAUCAGCAAUACAGAGGUUUGUUUUCUGCUUGACUUCUCUGCCACAUUUUGGAAUGAUGGUAGUAAUAGGCUUUGUUAAAAAUAUCUCAGCCAAGGUUGAACAAUUGGCUAGAUCUGGAGAACUUCUAACAAGUAUCCAUGAGCUUCAAAAAAAAUAUAUUUUUUAUGUCACACAGCAACUCAUGUGAAUCCUAUAUGAUAGUGGGUUUGUUUGCUAAUGUCAUUUAAUGGGCUCUUGUGAUUUGGGGUAUUUUGGUACUUCUUUGAAUGUGCAUUACCUAUUAUACUACUGUUUUAUAAAGCUGUUACCUGGUAAAAAAUUAUUUGCACUCACACUGUGGAUCAUAGCCAAGUUAUAAAGGAAAUGGAUCUCAUUUUUGGGUGAGAAACCUUUAUAUUGUGCUUCUCCUUGGGCAAACAUAGUGUGUCAUUGAUUGUGAACUAUAUAUUUUUGAUUUAAAAACCAUUUUUAUCAUUGUUUUUUCUUGUAUGUGCAAUACAAUAUUUGAAUUUUCUUUUUUUCUCACACUUUUCAUACUUGAAGCACAUUACCAAUAUUAAGGUUUUUUUUUAUUCUGAGCUAAUAUAAGUUUACAAUAUCCAUUAGCCCUAAUAUUAAUGCAUACCCAAAUCUUUUAGACUACAGAAACCUGCCAUUGAUUGCUAAAUAUUAUGGGACUUUGAUUAAUGAUUUUGUCUGAUUCCAGGAGAAGGGAUCACAAAAGAGCUAUUAUACAGUGUUAAGUAGCACAAGGUCAAGGAGACCAACCAAUCCCUGUGGGAUAGAUGAGAAUCUGUGCCAAGACAGAGAACUUGUAUUGGGGUUUGAGGAAGUGGCCGUUUGACAAUAUGCCAGAUUCAGACAAUGUACCUCAGUAGAGCUGCCAUUAUGACUCCCCUGUCCCUAAGUGCAAAGGUAAAAUCAGACUAGAGAAUAUUUCCCAUUUGCUGCUAAAAUCUAGUUCCUUUUCCAUCUUUCAUAGUUUGGCAAUUUUCUGUAGUCCUGGCUACUGAUUGGGCAAGUACAUACCAUUGAAGGACAUAAAUAACUUCAUUGAGCCCUGAUUCCAGGACUCAUUAUGGACUUACUCUCUCUUACUAAGAAUUUUUAUAUACUAUUUAAUUUUGAUUUUUUCUUUUCAUUUAUUUGUUCUUUUUUAACUUCCUUUUUACAAUUGAUUCACAUACCUUGUAACACAGACAUGUAUCCCUGGGUGAUCUGCGUGUUUGUUAAUACCCUCCUCAGGGGGGAUUGUAUAAUUGCCAUAAAAUUCUAGUUUUAUAAAAA